AAAAGUCAGUCCGCGUGACACUAGUAUUUGGGCCUGUCGCUUUUCCGUUGCCCCCGGCGUGAAGCCAUGGCAACGGCUCGAAGCCUCAGGACCUCAGCGCCGCUGGCUGUCACUCCCCCGGGUGGGACAUAGCUGCUCUUUGUCAGUGAUCUCGGGUGCCUUACUUUCCGUUAGGUAGGACCCCGCGCGCACACAGUGGCUCUGAGCCCCGCAGUGAGAGAGGAUUGGCGCUAUAGGAGAGCAUCCAUGGACGCUUUAAAGAGCGGGGGAUCUCAGCCCGUCUACAGCCGCUGGUCGUACAGACCCUCGAGCUCUGCCAGCUUCUCUAACUCACCAGCAAGUGGCAUUGAAGACGACGGCUCGAGUCUUAUGCAACAGAAGCUGGAGAAACAGGUAGGAAGACAAACCUUCAUCCAACAGACUGAUGUGGGGUCAAUACCGACUCCACAAGAUGGAUCGGGUCCCGGUGGCCCCCCCAUCUACUCAGUUCAAUUCUAUCGUUCACAUAGCAACAAAGGCCCCAUCCGACCAGCGCCCCCUUCUGUCCCUCCAGGUCUGUCCGGCAGUUUGAACUUCGAUGAAGACAGCGACCCCGAGGACGACGCGGGGGACGAUCGAUCGCGCUCCCUGUCCCCGCACGUGGGCAACACAAGACCCGCCUCUGCCGCCAGCGGCAAGGACGUCCCGGAGCCGGCGGCGCCCGGAUCCCCCGCGGCGGACGGCUCGCCGAUAGACGUGGCCGAUCCGGAGGAGUUCGUCCUGCUCCCGGCGCCGCGCGGCGUCAGCGUUAAGUGCCGAAUCACUCGGGACAAGAAGGGCAUGGACCGCGGGCUCUACCCGACCUACUUCAUGCACAUGGAGCGGGACGACGGCAAGAGGGUCUUUUUGCUGGCGGGAAGGAAGAGAAAGAAGAGCAAGACGUCCAACUACCUGAUCUCAGUGGACGCCACGGACCUGACGCGAGAGGGGGAGAGCUUCAUCGGAAAGCUGAGGUCCAACCUCAUGGGCACCAAGUUCACAGUGUACGACAACGGCACCAACCCCUGCAAAACCCCCGGGGCGCUGCUGGAGGAGAGCAACACGCGGCAGGAAGUGGCCGCCGUCUGCUACGAGACCAACGUGCUGGGCUUCAAGGGGCCGCGCAAGAUGACCGUGAUCAUCCCCGGCAUGAACCUCAACUUCGAAAGGGUCGCCGUGAGGCCUCAAAACGAGCAGGAGAGCCUGCUGAGCAGGUGGCAGAACCACACGCUGGACAACCUGAUCGAGCUGCACAACAAGGCGCCGGUGUGGAACGAGGACACCCAGUCCUACGUGCUCAACUUCCACGGCCGCGUCACCCAGGCGUCCGUCAAGAACUUCCAAAUAGUCCACGACAACGACCCCGACUACAUCGUCAUGCAGUUCGGGAGAGUGGCCGAGGACGUCUUCACCCUGGACUACAACUACCCCAUGUGCGCCCUGCAGGCCUUCGCCAUCGGCCUGUCGAGCUUCGACAGCAAGCUGGCCUGCGAAUGAACGUCCCCCCAUCCCCCCCCCCCCCCCGUCGGGGAUGACCACGGCAUAUCCGAGGCUGGAGAAAAGAGCGAGGAGACUCCGACACUACCGGCGUCACCGUUUUGUGCACAUCUAUCCAAACUUCAAAGCGCUGGAGACGAACACUCGUGGUGCAAAAAAGCCAGCGAUUAUUGAUGUGUGACUCGGGCGAUGUUUGUAAAAAAACAAUGUAUUUUCCGUUGCCUUUUCAAGUUUGAUUUCAGUGUGAGAUUUGGCUCAUUUUCAACUCCAUGAAAUCGCCUUUCCUCUGGCGACACUCUCAGGCCAGACUUCAGUUGUUUGGUAACAAGGGACUUUGUGUCUAUUAUCUAUCCGGUUAUUUCUGGUAAGUGAGCUGCAUCGUGGUCACGAUUUCACUCUUGUUUACAUCUUUGAAUGUGACGACACCUUUUAAUCGUUCAUCUAUUUUAAACUCAUUUUGACCUCAAUCUAUUAUUAUUUCUGUCAAUCCUUUUUAUGUUCUAGUGUGAAAAGUGCUUUAUUCAGGCCUGUGAUAUGGUUUUUGAGUUUUUUUUGUGAAUAGGUGUAGUUUUUAUCAGUGACUUAAUGGAUUAUCAUGAGAGAAGAAAUGCGGAAUUGCACAUUUGAGGAUAUACAUCCUGUAUAUAAAACACAAGGUAAUGCCUUAUUUGAUCUUUUUUAAGCUGUCCUUAAAAUGCAUCCAUCGUUUAAUGUAACGGAUAAUGGAUGGUACACUGUUUUCAGGAUAUUGACAUUUUUUAGCCCACGUGUCUCCAGGCUUCAACAAUAGAACUACCAGCGUCUCUUCUUUCCAAUUAAAAAGGGAAUCUUAAGGGAGAUCCUUAAAAAAAAAAAGCGUCCUUCGCGGGUCUAUGUCACAAUUAGAUAUUUUGUUAAUUCAGUGUACUGUAUGUCCGAGGGAUCUGUAUAGUACAUAAAUAAUGAUGAUCUGGGUUUUUCAGGGGUCCAGAUCAAUGUUUUUUUUCUGCUCAAAAAUCACUGUUCAAACAAAUAGAAUACAGAUACCUGGUUAUGUCUUAAGGAAAUGAAUGUCACUUAUUUGUUUCAGCAUAACUGUGCCAGAAAUUUAUGAAAAUCCUGUUUUGUUAUUUUGUGUGCAAUGGAGUUUUGACAAAAGGUG